AUAGCGCGUCAGCAGCAGUAGCCGGCCGCAUCAGAGCGCUACAUGGCCGCUUCUACAGCACUGUCACGCAAUGCGUGGGUCUGUGCGGUUCUCUUGCUGGUGUUUCUCGUGACUUCGGUGUCCGCGCUCAUUGAAGGACUGUACUGCGGGACCCAGAGCUGCUAUGACGUGCUCGGCGUGUCUCGCGACGCCGGUAAAGCGGAGAUCGGACGCGCGUACCGACUGCUGGCCCGGAGGUUUCACCCGGACAAGUAUCAGCCCGGAGUGGCCGAGGAGAGCCGGGAGUCUGCGCACGAGAAGUUCCUGCUGAUCGCCACCGCAUAUGAAACCCUAAAGGAUGAAGAAUCACGUAAGGACUAUGAUUACAUGCUGGACCAUCCAGAGGAAUAUUACAGUCACUACUACACAUACUACAGGAGAAGACUCGCUCCUAAAGUAGAUGUUCGGAUCGUGAUUCUCGUGACUGUUCUUGCGAUCUCGUUGUUUCAGUAUUACAGUUGGUGGAGCAGCUACAGAGAGGCCAUCAGCUACCUGAUGACGGUUCCCAAGUAUCGCAUCCAAGCCACUGAACUGGCCAAACAACAGGGUCUGCUGAACAGAAACAAAGAGAAGGGUAAGAACCGGCGAUCUAAAGAGGAGAUCCGAGAGGAAGAGGAGCAGAUCAUCAGAGACAUUAUCAAAAACAAGAUCGACAUCAAAGGAGGCUAUCAGAAGCCCAACGUCUCUGACAUUCUCAUGUGUAAAAUCAUCCUGUUUCCUUAUCACCUGUGUGUUUAUGUUGCGUGGCACUGCUCAUGGUUUUAUCGCUUUUUUCUCCGCCGGGAGGAGUACGGCGAGCAGGAGAAACUUUACCUGAUCCGCAGGUACAUGAAGAUGUCACAGGCUCAGUUCGACAGUCUGGAAAGCAACCAGAUACAGGAGUUUUUACAUAAAGAGCUCUGGAUCAAAGACAAGUGUGAGGUGUACAGAGAGGAGCAGGAGGAAGAGAUGAAGUUGAAGAUGGCCACAGACCCCAGGUGGAAACGCUACAGACGCUGGAUGAAGACUGAAGGACCUGGACGUCUCACGUUCGUUGACGAUUGACCUCACACUCUGUGGCAGGUGUCGCCACACAUGGAUGUCCAGAAAAACGAGCUGAACACUCUUGUUUACAUCGUGCAUGAGAUUUCAGUGUGCACGUGCCUUUUCACAUGAUAUCAAGUGAGGGACAUUUGACAGGUUGGUGAUUCAUGUCUUGAAUCGUGGAAUAAAUAAAACGACUCGCUUAAAACUUGUGGCUUGUUUAAGCAGAAGCAGUCUGGACACGAAAACAAAAGUCUUACAGUAAAUUGUGCUUUUCCCAAAUACUAUGUAAUUUCGUUUACAUCAUCAGCUCUGUGGGUCUUAAUCUCUAUGUGCAAAGUAAAAUCAUAUAGAAGUGUUCAGUGACAGGCUCCAGCGGUGUGUGAAAGCACUGGAUUAUGAAAGGAUUUGAAUGGAUGGAUGUGUGUGUUCUGGUUUGUUGGAUUGUUACAGCAAAGGUUGUGUGUACACGAGCAUACCAGAGCCAAUGAUGUCAUGAAUGUAGACGUGACCGGCAAGAGAGGAUGAGAUGCAAUAAUAAACCAUCAUUAUUGCAUAUAAUCAUCAAUGCAUUUAUAUGUGUUCAGAGAUCUAUCCCAUAAAACUAGGUACUCAUGACUGUGCCUUCUGUCAAUGCCUUUAGAAAAUGUAGUUGUUUUAUUUAUUCUACCCCCUGUAUUGAUUUAUCUGCCUGACAAUGUUAUUAAAAUAUAUAUUGACAG